ACAUUAUAAAAUUGCUUACUGUAGCUGUUAUUAUCCGGUUAAACACGAUCAGACCAACAAUACUCCUAGCCAAUCGGUUUAAUUUCCUGGUCGACAAUGUUUUUCUGCGCCGGUGGAUGUUGUUGGAAAGAGACUUAAUUAGAUCAUGGCUAGGAGAACGGUCAAUGGCGUUCAGUUGCAUCAUUAAUAGCGUGUGGAUAUGUACAGCUAGAUUGUAAAUGAACUGAUGAACUGAAGUCGGUCGAUAAUCCACAAAAGCACACUGUGUCCGAAAAUUAUUUGAGUCCGGCACACAACUGACCAGAUAUUUGUACUUGUCGGUUCCUUUGACAUCAAUGGAGCCGACGCCUAGUGCGGACGGUCCUGGGGAUUUCUCUGUCCCUUAAUAUCGUGUAAAUACAGUAAUUGUUUGGAUGAUGUUCCAGUAAUCUCGCCUACUCGUAUCUUCCGUUUGUGCAGGAGCCUGAAAUUUGUUUUCCUGAAAUCAUAUACUUAAUUUUUCGGGAUUUCGGUAUCCCGGCAAAUUUCUCCGUACAUCCGAACAGAGAAAGGGGGAUAUUUUUAAUGGUGGAAUAUGUUUUCGUGAGGAUCGUUUACGACAGUGCUUCCAAUGGCCAUAAAUGUACCCGUCGUGGCUCAUCUGCGUGUUUUAUCUCUGAUUGCUGAUUUGCGAGAUGAACUGCCAAACUGCUCCAAAUACAUUCCUAAAGAGCAAGUACUCGUGGGAAAUACAAUCCGAAGCUUUCCUGUAUCGUCACUACAAAGCAUUGGACUGAAACCAUCUUUACCACCGAAUUCUAACUUGGCUCAGCUGGAGAUUCUCUUGCAACAUUCAAAAGUUCUGGGUUGGCACUGGACAAAUCGGUUCCGAUUGCAGAUUCUGCUUUCAUCUUGUGUAUUGGUGAACGUGUUUCUGAAUCCCCAAAACGGAAUCGAUGUUGUCAAAGUGACCCUGGACCAGACGCUGACCCCGACGGUACGGAAACGUUUUCCCGUCUGCUGCGAGGUAUCGGACUCGCUGGUUGUGGUUGGAUUUUCAAAUACGGAAUUGACCUCUUACCGUGUAAAUGGGCCAAAGGAUGGCACAGCGAUUUGCCAUUACAAGAAACGCUCAAAGCUGCAUAAUAACUGCGAUAUGCAAAUGGCCUUUAGCGAUGAUAAAACCAGGAUGGUAUUAUGCUUUGCGCCGGUGCGGACGUACGCCGGCAGACAGUGGUUCCCAAAAAAAGCAGAGGAUUCCUGUUGGACGCUCCAUGUCUACGCAUGCGACGUUAGGGACGGCGUUCCGCUCAAACGACUCCACAGAUCUCAAGGCAGAGCUCGCUCCAGAGUUCUGCAACUCUGCUUCUUACCAAAAAUUCCCGGAUGUUUCAUCGUGAUGGAUUAUGUCGAUGGUCCGGAACCAAACAUUUCGGUUUUGUACUACGGAACUAAUGGACGAUCUCUCCAACUCUUCUCUUGUGUCAGUGUGGAUACUUUGGGAACGUUGCUUUCUUCGGCCAUUCAUGCUGAAAAAGAACUAAUUGGGAUUGGCUUGGAAGACUGUUCUGUUGCAAUUUUUGACAUCCGGCAAAAUACUCUCCGUCGAAAGAUUUGCGACGUGAGACCGGAGCACAUUAAAUGGAAUCCGGAUGGACUUUUCCUGGCCAUUAUCAAUUCAGAAGCUUCCGUCCAGAUUAUGGACCUAUCGUUACAGUUCCUUCCGCAACUGUUUCUGAAUGAUGUGGAAAGGCCGGCUAAUCGUUUACGCCUACGAACGUCUUUUAAUUCGGUAUCGCCACUAGCAAAAUGUGAGUGGAUAAGUUUGAUCGCCGAAGGUCAGACCGACUCGCCCACCGGUUACUUCUCCUCAGGAAUACUGCUCCAGUUUGAACGAGGACCUUUGUCCAUCCUGUCCUUUGCCAGAAAUCCUGAUAAUGUGUCCCAAAUCCAAGUAUUAGUAAAUUAUCGGAUAGCACGAGAGGAAUUUAUUCAGGUUGUGCGAUUACUCAAGCAAACAAACCACGAAGCAAAUUCCAGAGAAGCGAUAACCGGGAUUCGCAACUUGUUGGGCUACAUUGUUCAAGUUAUUCAGGAGCCCGAUGAAUCAGUGGGCGAUCUGAUAUGCGAUGCGCUCUCUACGCUGCAGGAGGCAGCAUCCACCGCACAGGACGAGAGUGCUGAAGAAACGUAUUACUCGGUGGGCAGACUAGUGUUUAACUUUUUCUUAAGAGUUGGUCAGCUUUCUUCGGCACUUACAGCUGCCAAAACGCUCAACGAUGAGCGUUUGUAUAAGCAAGUGUGGCGAGCAGCAUGUCGUCGCGGCGAAACUGAGAUGAUUACCGCCGCUGAGAAGGAGAUGACGGAGUACAAAACAUCCGAAAAGGAACUGUUCGAAUUGUUAGAAACCGACCGAAAUGAUCACGACGAACCGGAUUAUAUGACAAUAUACCCGACCAUCACUCCCACGGCCCCGCCUCUCAGUCCAUCACCCCUUCCGCCGCGACUGAUACAGCCACCACCAGGAGGACGCUCAGCCAGUCGCCUGUCCAGCGUCUCAACUACUUCGGAACGGUAUAUACCGACCUUUAUGUGGACGGACAUGGGAACAGUUUAGUAUUGUUUGUUUCUUACGCAUGUUUUGUCAAAAGAAAAAUGUUGAAUUAGCUUUGUUGUACUAAUUGUAAGUAAUCCGCAAAAGUGACCUCUGCAGUGCAUUUUGUGAUGGUAUGCGACGUGGUAUUGUCAAUCCCGAAGAGAAACCAGUGGCUGUAACUUGUGUAACAAUGCAUUACGUAUACCUAGUAUCAUCCGAAUAAUAUAAUUGCGUUAUUUUGACAAUUAUCGUUGUUUAGAAACUUUUUCGCUAUUUCUUUUUUACAGCCCAAUUCGGGUACAUUGCUUCCCGUAUAGAAGCAUACUAAUUAAAUUUACAAACAAAAGUAUCUUGUGCAUUGA